AUUUUUUUUAGGGGCAGAUUCCUCGCGCUCUCCUGUUCCCUCAGUGUUUCGCCGCCAUCUUAAGUCCUGGUUUUGGCCUCAGCAGAGGGUGAGGCCGCUCAGAUCAUCUUGUGUUUGGGCGGCGGCGGCGUUUUUCCCAACGCGCGGGGAAACUCUGGGAAAGGGGAAGUAAGGCCGAAGCUUGAAUCCCCAAAGCAGCUGAAGGUGGGCUUGAGAGCUUGCUCCCUGUUUAGUCUGUUUCCUCAGCCAAGUACUCCUCCACCAGUGACCCUGGACAGUAACAAAACUAAUAAAAUCCCGAACCCAAACCCUGCCACCAUCAUAGCUUCCCAGGAACCAGUCAACUUGCCAUUUAUUUGUUCUAUGUGCUCAGCAACCACUCUUUUGCUCUCUGUCAUGAUGUAUGUCACUAUAGAUCAACUCCCAGGAGUGAAGUUUUUGAGUCAUAUGUGUGGGAAUUUUGCUGUCCUGGUCGAUCUUCACAUACAGCCACAGGGUUCAAACAAAGAUACCAGCUGGUUUUCUGAACAGAAGAAAGAGGAAGUCUGUUUACUGUUAAAAGAAACCAUUGAUUCAAGAGUUAAGGAAUACUUGGAAGUUCGUAAACAGCACAGGCCAUCAAAUACAGAAUUCACAAGAUCCAGUCCCUUGACCUUAAAAGGUUAUGGCUUUCAAAUCACAGCCUAUUUCCUCAAGAGAGGGUUACGCCUUUACUGUUUCAGGGGUUCACAGAGUACUGAACUCCGUGUAUUUCCUGACAGAUUUGUGGUCUGUGUAAGUCAGCUUUCGUUCAGUCAUGAUCUUUUGGCAAGUCAGAAUGAAGAAUUGACGGACGGAGCUCUCCAUGGAGCGUCUGAUUAUUUUGCUGAGUGUGCGGAGAGUCAACUUCCUCCCAGUGCAAAGCGCAAGAGAAAUGCUCUGAAAGAAAUGGUGAAAAGAACUGAAACGAACAGCAGCGUUGUGAGCAAAUCAUGGAGCAGAAGGGACAUUGUGGGAACAUGUAGUGACCCAGUGAUUGCGGAGAUAGCGAGGAGGAGGGGUGACAGUUGGGCUUCAGCCAGUCCCCCGUCAGAGUCCACGGGACAAGCAAAAGAUUACAUAAAGGCAGCCGAGAGCCACUAGGGGCUUCCUGUUCAAGAGCUGGAAAGUGUUCAUCAGACCCAGCCAGAAGACACUAGUGGCCAGUAAAAACCUCAUCUUGGGGAGUGGUUAGAGACAGGCCUUCUAAGCAGGAGCCCUGUCUGUAGCUGUGAGUCAGCAUCACCAGGUCCAAAACAAAGUCCACAAAGGGCCAGAGCACAACAGAAAUGCAGAAACCGCGGCUCUGCAGAAGAUGUCGACCACCACAAGAGAGUUUCUCUUGGAAGUGAUCAAUUAGUCCCAAGAGAAAUCGUAGUAGAAAAAAGCAAAGCUUUCAGGGUUUUGCCAGCCUCAGAGCUGUCAAAUCCGGGGUUACUUUUGAAACGAGGUUUGGCAAAAACGGCAUCUAAUGAAGAGUUGCAUGUUUUGGAAAAUCUCUCCUCCGGACAUCUUACAAAAUAUCAGCUAAAGCAGGCACAGCAGACCGGCUCAACCACAAACACUGAAAGAUUAUCUGCAGUCCGGGACAGCCCAACCAAGAAAAGAAAGAAGUACGAAAGAGGCCACUAACUUACUAACGGGGAUUGCUGAGUUGUAGUUGGGUAUGUAAUGGCUGAAGGUGUGGAAAGAGAGGGGUUUGUGCGGCUGUACCAACGUUGAAGGAAUUAGAAUGAUUAUUUUGGAUGGAAAAUAGAGCUCCAUGUGAAGAUUCUUUUUUAACACAUUCAUCUCCGGAAGGCUAUGUGGUUUUUCUAACAACACUGCCACUUUCUCAUCAUACUUCUAUAACUGCCUUCAGAGUCCUUCACCUCGUCAAAGAUGACCCCCUUCUUGAAGGAAGUGCACAAAGAAACCAAUAGUGUGCCUUCGUGACUCAUCACUGUGCGGACUAUACAAUGGGCCACAUGAAGACAGUGCUGUAUCUGGGGGGACAAUUUCUCCUUCUGUUCCUCAGCCUGAGUCGGGCAGAAGUGAAGGAACAGGCUAGUGGUCCUCAACAUCUGGUUCUGGGCCCCGCAUCACUGUCUGAAAAUGUGUUAGAAAUGCAGGCCUUGGGCCCCACCCCAGACCUACUGAAUGAGAAACUCCGGGCGAUUCCAAAACAUGCUCAACUUUAAGAACCACUGGACUAAUUGAGAACUUCCUGCUGUUUGUUUCCUCCAGCCUGGCUCCCGGAGCCUCCAGCUCAUCGGCUGAGGCCCGCUUGUGGACAGGCACCCCCUCGUGUUCUGUCAGACUUGUAAAACACCUGAGUUUGGCAUCUGAGCUGCUCAGUUCCUGGCUUCUCCACGGCUUGGUGGCUGCAGCACCCGCAAAUCUGUUACCUUCCUAAGAAGUGCUAGAAGUUUAUGGGUCAUUUGGCGCAGCAUUAGAGGGAGACAGUGGAGGGAGAGGCUUGCUCUCUCUUGUAGCCCAGGCGUGUCCCUGUCCCAGCACUUGCCCCCAGCUCUAAGAUUUCAGUUAGGUUCAGGAAGGAUUAAAACCCAAGGGGAAAUCAGUGGCCGAAGUUUCCAGUUUCCCAGUUGGAAGGCGUCACAGGCAGUUUGAAUUUCAAAACAGGAGCCUUCCAUUUGCAGUAUCACCCACGAAUGUCUCCAGUGGGCCUGCUGAAAUGUCACCGAGUGAAUCAUAGCAAUGACUUAUUUUGGAUGGACACCUACUAAAGAUUUUCUUAACCCAAUUUCAUUUUAAAAUAGGAGAAAACCCAUAUUCAAAGGCCACCCAUCAAAUACAUCUUUUUUUUCUCCUCAACAUUGUGUGGUCCUUUGAAGUAGCACCUCCCUAGUAACAGGAAAAUUAAGUAUAUUCCCAGAGUGUUGGAGUUAGCAGAAAAAUGACCCAGAAAAAGUCCAAUGAAAUAAAAGAACAUGGAAACAGAGAGUGUAGGUGGUUCAGAAUGCUUAAAACUAAUUGUGGUUUUGUUUCUCCUAGCUCAUUCUAUGCUGGCCUCUGAUUCCUUUCCCACUUGUUAGGGUAAGACUCCUUAAGAGGCAACCAUGAAGUUCAUGAAGUUCAGUGUUGGUCACUACGCCUAGCCGUGAACAUAGAUGCUAUUGCUUUGAUGUUCCCCAGGCUGCCUGGACACCUGUCCCCUUCUCAUGGUCCCAGACUCACCACCCCGACCAGGAACAUGGCCCUGCCCAUUGGUGUCCUUUCCUCUUCCCACAGGUUUUUCUUUGCUCUUAGCUGAUUCCAGUUAAAGUAUUCUACAGGAGAAGAGGGAGCCCGACAGAGUACUAACCACAGUGAGUCGAGUUAGUUAGUUAUGGAGCAGAUUGUAUUCAUCCAGUUGGGGUAGACAGCACAGAAUGGAAAUGCUCCACUGGGGGCCCCUCUCUUCGAGCGGCAGCUGUUCUAGGUGUGCUCUUCCCCGAAGACAGGGGCAGAGUGUGUCGCUGAAUCUUCUUCAACGGAAUUCUUGGAACAGUCUAAAUAGAGAGGGCCCACAUAACAACCCAGGUGACCGGCCAAGAAACAAUAAGCUCCCAGAACAGAGUCUUGAUUAAAAAGGGCAGCCAUUCCAGAACAAUAGCUGCUGCUAACCCAGAACUGGGAGGUGUUUGCUAUGGAGGCGCCAGAGAAAAGCUUUUAAUUGAAAAGUUUUUAUUUCAUUUGUUAACCGGGGCCUGCACUGUGGGUACAGCCAAUCUUUGUGAUUUAAUGAUUUUUCUCUUAAGAGCAGCCUUAGCUUUAGAGUUUGAUAUAUUUGUGGAAAUAACAAUUGCUGUGACCUUAGAGGGAAAAUAGCACCUGUGGUUGUAGACUGAUAGGGUCUUCCUCACAGCCCGCAUGCACAUGGGAUUGUCACAGGAUUAACGGAGGGAACAGCUCUCCCCUUCCUCACUGGGGCAUGUGUCUGAGGAAUUUUGCCUUUAAGCAUUUUCUUCCACAUGUCUGAAACCCCCCCGGAUCUCUUAUUACUUGAGUGGUUGUGCGAUUCUUUGGAUGUUUGAGAGCACAAAGGGGAAAAUGGCUGCCAGGUUUUAUUGUUGCUUAUUAGCUGGGAAAUGCAGAGUUCCCUAUGACUGGGAGUGGUUUGUGUGUUGACACUCUUAAUAAUCUUAUUAAUUCCACAUCCAAAAAUCUGAGAGGCUGUCAAUAUUCUUAGUCAAAAAGAACAAGUUCUUCAACCACUUAACUUAAUAACCCAAACUCAAUUUAUGCUCAAGUCCCUAAAAUUCUGUUGCUUGGGAGAAAUGUGGAUCCACUUCUGUUACUGUUACAACUUUGAACUUUCUCAAUGUCAUGGUUUCUAAGUCACAUCCAUGUGCUUUCAGAUGACUUUUUAAUAGAUUGAUGUUGAGUUUUGUGUUUUUGUUGUUGUUUUUUAAUGUCUCUAAACAAGAAAUGUCUGAGGACAGGCAGUGCAAUUUUUCUUACACUUUUUUUUUCUUUGCCACUGGAGGUUAACUGUUGUCCAGAUAUGCAUAUAAAUUCUUAAAUGCAAAGGAGCAGCAAUUUGGGGAUAGAGGAGUGAGUGCUAUAGCUUUUUUAUUUAUGUCAAAGAAGUAAGAAAAUGUAUUUCAUUUUAUAAAAAGCAAGAAUCAUUAAAAACGCUCUAGUUUGAUUUAUGGAGAAUAUAGCUUGUUUUUUAUCUCAAGAUAUGUCUUAGGGACAACACUGGGAUCACAGUUAAUUGUUUGCUUCUGGUGUUGUGUUUGGAUUUUAGUAUGAAUUGUUUUGUAUCACACGGCCUUUGAUUUUAGCAAGAGCUUGGUGAGGGCAAAGCACAAAAGGGAAGGAAACCUCUGUGCCCAAGAGAAUGGCCUGGGAUCACAGUGCUGCCAUUCCCGGUUUCCUUGAAUUCCUUCUUGGCAGGCCCCACUGUCCUAUUUCCACAGAAUUUUAGUAAAUGGCCUUCCUUUUGAGGUAACAAAUGCCUUUCCUAAGAGCCAAAAAUCCUCUCUUCAGCAUUCCAUGACUUGAAUAUGGGAAUCAUUUUAGUUUUCUUCUUUGCUCUUAUGAGGAAAUAUCCAUGCUUAUUUUGUUAAGAUGAUAGACUUCAUUCCUUGUUAUUGAAACACUAAUGAAUUAAAACAUGGUGGAGCAAGUAAAAAAUCAAAAUUAAGCUGAUUUCUGUUAAGCAGUUUAAGAUCUUCCUUAAGUAAAUUAAGCAUUGUAAAAUGAAGUUUAAUGCAGAUAAUUACUCAGGACAGUAUAUGGAUCAUUGGUAUUGCAAUUUAAUGAUAUAAUUAAAUUCUCAGAAAUCUACAGAACUCCUUCUAAUUUGGCUUCUAUAUUUAUUUAAGAAGACAAGGAACAAAUACCUGUCAGUGUGUGCACUUACCAGAGGGGACUUGAAUGUCUGAAAUUAUUACCUUUAAGUGUGGCUGACUACUCAAUACUGGACUUUUACCACAUUCAAGGUCUGCUUGAAGAGGGCCCAGAACAUUAAUGGGGAAUGGGAAAGGUAUGGAGUCCUUUCUUUUCCACGUCAUCCCCAAGAUAACCAGAGCUCCCUUGCCUGAUUACCUCUACCUGGAGAAAGGGGAAAACUGCCCCUUAGGAUCAAGGGCCUGGCUUUGAGCCAUGCCCAGAGGAGCCUGAUCGCUGCCUUCUCACUACUGAGAAGUCUUCUUAAAACAAAUGUGAAUCUCAAGAUCACGUCCCUCCUGGAAUAAAGAAUUGCAGAGGCUCAUUAAA